UCCAUUGCUUAAAGCUUAAUUCGGGCAUUUCGGCGCAUGCGACGAAGCCACUAUGGCGCUGAUUUGAGCCAGUUUCAUAACCUUGGGAGGGAGGAGUCUGGCGUGCUUGAGAGCCGGGGCAGCGAUGUGACGGAGAAAAGGAGGAAAACUAGAGCAACUGCGAACUGAAGAGGAAAUCGUUACGGUGGUCGAUUUUCUCCCAAGCGUAGUACCUGGAUGUACGUGGGAGCGGGGAAAUGGGUGCCUUUUAAACAGAGAGCAGGCAAACGAAUUAUUUGUAGCCCUUCUUGACGUUUAGGGCAUAGCAUAGAGGCGUUCAGUUUAGUCGGUUAGUGGAUUGCCAACUAAGAAACAAGGGAUGUGGUCUGUGCGAUAAUAUUUUUCCCAGUAAUUGUCGAUAGCUAUCCCAGCCAUCUCGCUUGCAAUAUAGCAAACGGAGGGAGUAUCCCGGGCGUUCCGGCAAAGAGAGACAUCGAUCUGACGCCAAAAGUGGGGUGAAUAUAAAAAAAAUAAAAAUAAACCUCAGUUUGUCGCCUUCGACAGGAGGGUUACACAGCUGAAAGACGGGAAGGUGGGGUCGGUGAGAGGAGGAGGAACUGGCUAAAUCAUCACCUGGCGACGUGCAGGGGGAAUCGAAAGGAGUCUUUUGGGAUCUGGGCAACGUACAAGGCGACCCGUUUGGUUGCAUUAUCAUAUAAACACCCACGAACGGGACUGCCCCCCCCGCACCCACCCUUUUUGAGACUUUUCUGGAGGAUAAUUCGCCACCCAUUCUUUUUGGACCAUGGCCGACGACGACGUCCUCUUUGAAGAUGUGUACGAGCUCUGCGAGGUGAUCGGAAAGGGUCCCUUCAGCGUGGUACGGCGAUGCAUCAACAGAGAGACUGGCCAGCAGUUUGCCGUGAAGAUCGUCGAUGUGGCCAAGUUCACCUCCAGCCCCGGUCUGAGCACCGAAGAUCUCAAGAGAGAAGCCAGCAUCUGUCACAUGCUGAAGCACCCCCACAUCGUCGAGCUGCUGGAAACCUACAGCUCGGAUGGGAUGCUUUACAUGGUCUUUGAGUUCAUGGAUGGGGCUGACCUGUGUUUUGAGAUCGUAAAGAGAGCUGACGCCGGAUUCGUCUACAGCGAAGCUGUUGCCAGUCACUACAUGCGGCAAAUUUUGGAAGCCCUGCGCUACUGCCACGACAACAACGUCAUUCACCGGGACGUAAAGCCGCACUGUGUGUUGUUGGCGUCUAAGGAGAACUCUGCUCCUGUGAAGCUGGGAGGGUUUGGGGUGGCCAUACAACUGGGGGAGUCUGGACUGGUGGCAGGAGGUCGUGUCGGGACACCUCACUUCAUGGCCCCCGAGGUGGUGAAGAGGGAGCCGUAUGGGAAGCCCGUGGACGUGUGGGGUUGUGGGGUCAUUCUCUUCAUCCUCCUCAGCGGCUGCCUGCCCUUCUAUGGCACCAAGGAGAGGCUGUUUGAGGCCAUCAUCAAGGGAAAGUAUAAGAUGAACCCUCGGCAGUGGGGCCACAUCUCAGAAAGUGCCAAAGACUUGGUACGACGCAUGCUGAUGCUGGACCCUGCAGAGAGGAUCACCGUGUAUGAGGCUCUCAACCACCCUUGGCUCAAGGAGAGAGACCGCUAUGCCUACAAGAUCCACCUGCCGGAGACCGUCGAGCAGCUGCGGAAAUUCAACGCCCGGAGAAAGCUGAAGGGGGCUGUGCUAGCUGCUGUCUCCAGCCACAAGUUUAACUCCUUCUACGGAGACCCACCCGAGGAACUCCCUGAUUUCUCUGAUGACCCGACAUCUUCUGGACUGCUAGCCGCAGAAAGGGCUGUGUCACAGGUGUUGGACAGCCUGGAGGAGAUCCACGCACUCACUGACUGCAGCGAGAAGGACCUUGACUUCCUGCACAGUGUGUUCCAGGACCAGCACCUGCACACCCUGCUGGACUUGUAUGACAAGAUCAACACAAAGUCCUCGCCACAGAUAAGAAACCCCCCGAGCGAUGCCGUGCAGAGAGCCAAGGAGAAGUCCACCCAAGAGGAGACGAGUGCAGCUUUGAAACUUCUGGAACGCGUGCUGGAGGAGAUUUCGUGUUACCCGGAGAACAACGACGCGAAAGAGCUGAGAAGGAUCCUCACUCAGCCUCACUUUAUGGCCUUACUGCAGACCCAUGACGUGGUGGCCCACGAGGUGUACAGCGACGAAGCCCUGAGGGUAACCCCCCCGCCCACCUCGCCCUACCUGAACGGCGACUCGCCCGAAAGUGUCAACGGGGACAUGGACCUGGAGAACGUGACGCGGGUGCGGCUGGUGCAGUUCCAGAAGAACACCGACGAGCCGAUGGGUAUCACUCUGAAGAUGAAUGACCUAAACCACUGCAUUGUGGCCAGGAUAAUGCAUGGAGGCAUGAUCCACAGACAAGGAACGUUACACGUUGGAGACGAAAUCCGGGAAAUCAACGGCAUUAGUGUAGCUAAUCAAACGGUGGAGCAGCUCCAGAAGAUGCUGAGAGAAAUGAGAGGGAGCAUCACUUUCAAGAUAGUGCCAAGUUGCCGGUCUCAGUCUCAAUCCUGUGAGAAAGAGUCCCCCUCCGCGUCCCGACAGUCCCCAGCUAAUGGCUACUCCAGCAUUACCAGUUCUAUCUUGGACCUGCCCUCAACUAUCCAGCCAAAAGGACGACAGAUCUACGUAAGAGCGCAGUUUGAAUAUGACCCAGCCAAAGACGACCUCAUCCCAUGUAAAGAGGCAGGCAUCCGCUUCAGGGUGGGUGACAUCAUCCAGAUCAUCAGCAAGGAUGACCACAACUGGUGGCAGGGCAAGCUGGAGAACACCAAGAACGGCACAGCAGGGCUCAUCCCUUCCCCUGAGCUGCAGGAAUGGCGAGUGGCUUGUAUAGCGAUGGAAAAAACCAAACAAGAACAACAAGCUAGCUGUACCUGGUUCGGCAAGAAGAAGAAGCAAUACAAAGAUAAAUACCUAGCAAAACACAAUGCAGUAUUCGACCAACUAGAUCUUGUCACGUAUGAAGAAGUUGUCAAACUGCCAGCGUUCCGGAGGAAAACGUUGGUGUUACUGGGUGCCCAUGGUGUUGGUAGAAGGCACAUCAAGAACACACUGAUCACCAAGCACCCGGACAGAUUUGCCUACCCUAUCCCACACACCACCAGAACUGCGAAGAAAGAUGAAGAGAAUGGCAAGAACUAUUACUUUGUAUCCCAUGAACAAAUGAUGCAGGACAUCUCAAACAAUGAUUACCUGGAGUAUGGCAGUCAUGAGGACGCCAUGUACGGCACCAGGCUGGAGACCAUACGCAAGAUCCAUGAUCGUGGACUAAUAUCUAUACUAGACGUGGAGCCACAGGCGCUGAAAGUCCUCCGGACAGCUGAAUUUGCUCCAUAUGUCGUAUUCAUCGCUGCCCCAACCAUAACACCUGGAAUGAAUGAGGACGAGUCUCUACAGAGGCUGCAGAAGGAGUCUGAGAUCCUACAGAAGACGUAUGCACACUACUUUGACCAGACCAUUAUCAACAAUGAGAUUGACGAGACCAUCCGGCACCUUGAGGAAGCCAUGGAUUUGGUGUGCAACACUGCCCAAUGGGUUCCUGUCUCCUGGGUCUACUAGACCUCACUUUAUCCAUGUCUCCCCUCCAGUGGUCCUUUACUUGCCCCCCCUCUUUGCAAUGCAUCUCUACAGUGUCAUUCUUUCAAAGAAUCGGACGUCUCAAAAAAAAAAAAAUUAUAAUUGUAUAUGACCUAAAGUCAAUCGGUCCCAGCCCUUAACAAACUACCUAGAAUGUAGUGUUGUAUAAAAAUUUAAAUAUUGUCAUGUCCUUAUGAUUAGGAGGCAACAUUUUAUAGCUUUUUUUUUUUUUUUUUAAAGAGACAGUAUCCACAAGAUGUUGGAGGGGAGAUAUGAGAAGGUGAAUGCAUCAGUGUGUCCCUAACAUUUAUUUUUCAAUGGUACUGUGUUGCACAUUGAAUUGUACUUUCCUUUAUGUACUCCAGACAUUACCUGUGGUUAUUGACUCUAUAGAAUGAUGAAAAGCACAGACCCUACAGGAUUGUCUUUGUAAAUGCUGUACUGAAUCCUCAAUUUAUUUUAAAAGAAUAUUUAGUAAUAUCCCCAUAAUCUCUCACCUAUCUCUUCCAGUGACAGCUGUAAUACUUGGAUUGUAUUUCACAGUUUGAACUAUCAUUCUCUGAACAGAUACUGUCUCUCUAAAGAAAUCCAUAGAAGUUUUAGAGAUUUGAAUGAGUUCUCAUGCAUGUGAACAUUUGCAAGCUUACAUGCUGUCAGUGUUAUCAAACUUAUCUCCAGCAAAGAACAUUCCAUUUGUUUGGAUGACAUAAUACCUGAACACGACACCUAUGCACCUAUCUUGCAUUAUGGGGAAUUGGUUUUUAUAAACCAUGUAGUGAGUUGUUUAAAAAUUCUCUUCAUUCGUUAUAUGAACAAGGGGAGGAAACCACUCCAGGUAUCAUCUGCCAUAUCAGAAAUGUGUCGUCAGAGUAUUGUUUUGUUUAAUCAAUAAAAAAAUGCAGAUUUUUAUUGUGUGAUGUGGUGCAUGGAUUUUGCAAAUUAAAUUUGCAAAGUACCAGUCUGUGCAUUAAAAACACCAUGUAUAUGACAAACUGCCCUCUGUAAAUUUCCCUGCAAAUGACAAAGCAGUUUCUGAGUAUAAAGUUUUUUUUUUUUUUUUUUUAAUAUUUCCUUUUCUGUGUUCAAAAAGUAAAAUGCCUUUGAAUCUUC